AUGCCGCCGCCACCCCGACCUUCCUCGCCUCGCAAAGAGGCUCAUCGCUCCUCCACGCCCUCUGGCAGCGUUGGGAGAAACAACUCGUCGUCCUCCCUUUCGCAACGUUCUUCCCUUCCCUCCCGGCCUCCGCGGCGUCCGAUUUCUCAACAGAUCCGCAGUCAAACUCCAACAAAAGAAAUGGCGGCGACCACUCCCACAAGCCCGACUGCAGGAGUCAGAGUAACCAUGGGCGGCGUGUCCCCGCCUACCGAGACGCCCAUGAUAGCCCGCCCCGCGCCGCCCAAUCGCACCCGCUCGAAGCGUAUCAGUGUCACCCCCUCAACCUCGAAUGGAGCCUCGACACCUCGAGCGACUCCCAGCCCGCGCCCGGCACUGUCUGCGACGCUUCCCAAGGAGGAGGUGGAAACGCCCCAGCCUUCCUCGGCCGUGGAGACUGCGCCCGAAUACACUGGCGUCAUUGAAGAUCGCACCGAGGACGAGCUGGAGAAGGCGAGCCGGACGGCCAUGCAGGACGCUCUCAGGCGUGAGUGGGCCGAUCGCGAGAAGUUCUCUUCCCGGAUCGAGGAACUCGAAGCUCAGCAGCUGUCGACCGAAGCGCGCGUCACAGAGCUGCAGAAGCUGUCCGAGUCGCUGCAGGAGAAGUACGACACCACGUUUAACGAACAGCAAGGCUUGGAAGCAGACCUCGAGGCCGCAAACGACCUGGUCGACCGACUCCGGGCCAACGUUGCUGAGAGCGAGAAGCACAACCGCAAUGGUGCCCGCCGUUAUGCGGACCAGGAGAAGGCGUUCGAGGCAGAGCGCCUUGUCCACCAAGCCGAGCUGCAGCACUUGCAGCAGCGGCUGAAGAGUUUGACGACCGAGCGUCUCGCUCACGCGCACGUGAAUGAGGAGGAGCCGCAUCUUGCCCUCAAGGAAGAACUGGCUUCGCUGUCUGCAUCGCACCAGACGCUUGUGGCCCAACUGACGACCCUCGCGGACGAGCUGCACGAGGUCAAAGCCGACAAUGCGAGGCUUCUCGAGGAGAACGACAGCUGGCAGCUGCUCGUGGAGGAGCGCACACUCGCCGGUCAUAUGGGAUCCGGCCUGCUUACGACGUCAUCGCCUCCCCGAAACUCGCCCCCGGUCAAGCCCAAGGAGACGACUGUGCUCGCGACGCUCGAGGAGCAGAUGGAGAUGGAUGAGCUGAACGCCGAGAUGGACAUUGACGCGAGUAGCCCACACCCGAGCGCUGUGGAGCUUGCGUCCCCACGAUUGGGUCACACACUUGCGGCCGAACUGAAUGGCGACAACGACAUUGAGAAGAUGCGCACGGAGCUCAAGAGCCUGAAGGAGAGCAACAAAGCGCUCACCCUGUACUGCUCCAAGAUCCUGGACCGAAUUAUUGCGUCCGAGGGUUUCGAGCACAUCUUGAGUGUCGAUUACCGCACGCGCCGUUUCGGGUCGCGCACUGCCAGCGGACGGACGGUCCGCCCUUCCAUUGAGCAGCUUGCUAAGGACAUGGAGAACAAUGGACCGAUCGUUGACGAGCCUGCCGACAUCUCGGCCAUGCAAGAGCCUUCACCCACUGCGGCUCCGACCGUGCCGCCCAGAAGCCGUGCCCGCCCCAUGUCGAUGGUGGCGCCCGUGCCCGCUCCUGCACCGGCCGUAGUCCCCGUCAAGGACGACAAGGAGAAGGCUACGGAGGAGAAGCGGAGCCGGCGCGGAUUCUCGAUCGACUUCCGCUCCCUUGGCUUUGGUGGCUCCAAGGAGCCCGAGCCGAAGCAGCCCCAGCUCAAGCCUUUAACUUUAGCCAGUAGUGCGGCGCCGGCCUCCACUCGUAUGCCCAGCCAGAGCCCGACGCGCGAGAUCAAGGCUUCGCCUGUGAUUAGCGCGCGCAAGCUCGAGCCCCAGGAGGAGGAUGAGGAGGACCGCCGCGAGCGCCACCGUAUGGAGGCGGCCCUCAAGUUAAUGGGCAUCGAGCGGACUCCCGAAGCCGGAGCGGUGGAGGUGAUGGCGCCCGCCCCUGCCGUCACGCCGCCAGAGGACACUGGCUCGCGCGCGACGUCAUGGCUGCGUCGCCUGUCCCGUGCUCCCGCGCCGUCCCAACCUGCGCCCACUCCCCCUGCGCCCGCUGCUGCGGCGAAGGAUGGCUCGUCGUCGGACAGCGCGCGCUCCUCGACGGGCACCUCGCCUCUGCAGCGCCUCAGCGUCGCGUUCGGGACUAGCAGCACGGCCGACCUGGCGAACUUGGCAGACGCUUCGCCCGCCGACGCCGCUGCCGCCUUGAAGGCCUUCGACGCCAAGGAGGCCCAGCAGGCAAAGCUCUUAGCCCAAGGCAAGUCGCAGGCCACCUACACAGUUCCGCCCAAGAUCGACCGCACCGCACGUAAGCGUAACACGCUGACGGGUGUUAACGGCGCAAACGGCGUGAACGGAACGGCCAACGGGACUGCCAACGGUGUUAACGGAGCGAACGGUGUCAAUGGAUACGAUGAGUACGUUCCCAAGCACCAGCAGAAGGAGAGCGUGUCGACCCUUUGGAGUGUCGGCAGCAGCGUGUCUGCGGACGCUUGA